ACCUACAGGAAAUACCCAUCAUUUCAUUGAGAAACAGACUUCUGCUGUUGCAUCACAUUUCUGAGCUCUUCUGUCCUUGCAUUCCAAUGUUUGAUCUUGAAGGACGACUUGAUGAAACUGGCCAAGGACCCUCAGUUGGAUUUGACACCUUACGGGGAAUAUUGAUAUCCCAGGGGAAGGAGGCAGCUUUCAGAAAAGUUGUGCAAGCAACUAUGGUGAGAGAUCGUCAGCAUGGGCCAGUUGUGGAGCUCAACAGAAUACAGGUAAAACGCUCCAGGAGUAAAGGAGGACUGGCUGGGCCUGAUGGUACAAAGUCAGUUUUUGGGCAGAUGUGUGCGAAAAUGAGUUCCUUCAGCCCUGACAGCCUUCUGCUACCUCAUCGGGUUUGGAAAGUCAAGUUCGUUGGUGAAUCCGUGGAUGAUUGUGGUGGAGGUUACAGCGAAUCAAUUGCAGAAAUGUGUGAGGAGCUGCAGAAUGGGCUGACCCCUCUGUUAAUUGUGACACCAAAUGGAAGAGAUGAAUCUGGAGCUAACAGAGAUUGCUUCCUAUUAAAUCCUGCUGCCAAGUCUGUCUUGCACAUGAACAUGUUUCGUUUUCUGGGUGUACUGUUGGGCAUUGCUAUCCGGACCGGGAGCCCUCUGAGUCUCAACCUGGCUGAACCAGUAUGGAAACAGCUUGCAGGAAUGAACCUGACAAUUGCUGAUCUCAGUGAAGUUGAUAAAGAUUUUAUUCCUGGGCUUAUGUACAUUCGAGACAACGAAGCUACUUCAGAAGAAUUUGAAGCUAUGAGCCUGCCAUUCACUGUGCCUAAUGCAAGUGGUCAAGACAUUCAGCUGAGCUCCAAGUACACUCAUAUCACACUGGAUAAUAGAGCUGAAUAUGUGAGGCUGGCAAUAAACUACAGACUUCAUGAAUUUGACGACCAAGUGGCCGCGGUUCGUGAGGGCAUGGCCCGCGUCGUCCCCGUUCCUCUGCUUUCGCUCUUCACCGGAUACGAACUGGAAACCAUGGUCUGUGGAAGCCCAGAUAUUCCACUUCACCUUCUGAAAUCCGUAGCAACAUAUAAAGGCAUCGAACCAACAGCUUCCUUGAUACAGUGGUUCUGGGAGGUGAUGGAAUCCUUCUCCAACACGGAACGCUCGCUCUUCCUGCGUUUUGUGUGGGGCAGGACAAGGUUGCCCAGGACUAUUGCGGACUUCAGAGGGAGAGACUUUGUUAUUCAGGUGUUGGAUAAAUACAAUCCUCCAGACCACUUCCUUCCCGAGUCGUACACUUGCUUCUUUCUGCUGAAGCUGCCCAGAUAUUCCUGUAAGCAAGUGCUAGAGGAAAAACUGAAGUAUGCCAUUCACUUCUGCAAGUCCAUUGACACGGAUGAUUAUGCCCGGAUAGCACUGACGGGAGAGCCGGCUGCGGAUGACAGCAGCGAUGACUCUGAUAACGAAGAUGCCGAUUCUUUUGCUUCAGAUUCUACCCAGGACUACUUAACAGGGCAUUAAGAGCAUAAGAUGAAAGAGAGUUGUCACAAGCACUGAGGCAAAAUGCCAAAAUGACAAUGAAGCCAAGGACAGUUUAUAGUUCAGAAUAUAGAAUAUGUACAGCCAGAGUUAUGCUAAUCUGUUGACAUGGGGAAAGUGUGUUUGCUACUCACAGUAGGAACUAAAGGGUACAGCUUAAAUCAUCAGCUUAGAAUAAAUGGCACGGUAUGUGGGCAUUUAACAUUUAUUUUAAGAGCUGAAAGUGGCUCCCCCGUAAUGCUGCACUAUAUUUAGAACCUUUGUGUUUACUGAAGUGUUGUAAAUGUUUAUAUAAAUAUGGUAGUGCAGCAUCCAAAAGGCAGCAAAACCUUUAAAUUGUGGGUGCAAUAGUUUUUUUGUUAGGUUUUUUUUUUCAUAUAAAGUGUUGUGUUCUGUGCAUCUUCUUGAUUGUAUAUUGGAAAUACUGUGCAACAACUAAAUAGUAUUAUAAAUAUUUCAAUUAACUUUACUAGAAGUUUGUUAAAGAUUUUUGAACAUUGAAUUAACAUUAUUCCUUGAAAUUCUUCUAUAGAUGAUUAAAAAAAAAAUGGCCAUUAGGUUUACUUCCACCCUCGAUUUGUAUAUUUUAGCUUAUGCAUUAUGUAUCUCAAAUUUGAUACCUUUCUGCAAACAGCAUCAUAAUUCUUAUCAUGGAAAGUGUACUGUAUAUAAUUUGUGCCAUGUAAAUGCAAAAGUUAUAAUUUCCCUCCAAAUAAAAGUUCUGUCACAGAAAA